AUGGCCGCCGGCAGCCGCCUGGACCUCGCGUCCCCGGACCCUCGCGCCGCCGCCAAGUCCAUCCGCCAGGUCCCAUCGAGCAUUCGAGCUCCGCUCCUUUUCAUACGCGUGCGUGGAGUACGGGUUCUUCUACGUGAUCAACCACGGGAGUUCGCCGACAGCCGGAAGUUCUUCGAGCAGACCAUGGAGGAGAAGAUGGCGCUGGGGAAGAACAGCAGAUACAGGGGCUACACCUGGCCCUACUCCGAGAAGGUCGACGACUCCCCCGAGUCACGAGGUCAGGAUCGGAGUUCACAUGAAUGA